AAGGAAAGAGAGAGAAGGAGGGAGGGAGAGAGAUGGAGCGAGUGUUUAUAACUUUGGGAAACAUAGGAAGAAGCAGCACAGGGAACAAACUUUUCCUUCUUGGCUGCUUUCUUUUGGACUUUUGGAGAGCGCAGUGUUGACAGAGUGAAGACAAGCGAUGAUCAUUUGUUUGUUUUUCUGGUUAAGGAGUUAUUUCUCAUUUUGAGUCAUCUUUAGGGAUCAUUUUGUUUGGCUGAUCUUUUCAUUUUGCUCUGAUUAUUUGCUUUACCAUCUGAGCUUUUGAAGAAGACGAGAUCCGAAAUCUGAAAUCCUUCCAGACUUGGUUGCGGUCCUCUCCAGCUCAUGGGAGUGUAAAGCUGGACUGAAACACGCAUACACACACACACAUAUAUAUAUACACAAACACAACCACCUGUUGUUGCUGAGGAUUCCCCAGGAGCGCAGUCAUGGGCAUCUGCGUCACUCUUGCUUGAGAGAAUCUGUGCAACUGAGCAGCUGUUAUUUGGUGGCCUCUGUGAAUGUUACAGUAGAAGUUGAUCUGCCUGUCCAGGGUAGAAAGAGGAGAUGUCAUCUUACUACCCACGCUCCAAGGAUCUGACUCGCACCAGGAAGUCAGUGACAGAUUCUCCACCGUCCUCUCCGUCACUCACAGACAAAAACUACAGACAUGAUAGACUGUCAAGAUAUGACUCAAGUGGAGAAACUGCAACUGACAAACCACUGGGUCGAACCAGCUCGUAUACAAGGAGGGAGACGAGGCUGGCGGCUCUGAACAGACAAGAGCCAGACACCUCCACCAAAGACUAUAAGAAGAUGUACGAGGAGGCUUUACAUGAGAAUGAAAAGCUUAAGACAAGGUUAAAGGACAGCAAACAAGAGCUAGCCAAGUUACGCUCCCAGCUGGAGAAAGUCACUCAGAGACAGGACAGGAUAUCAGAGAGAUCUACAGUACUUGAAUCGGAAAAGAGGGAAAAACAAGCUCUUGAAAAAAGAGUCUCAGACAUGGAGGAAGAAUUAAAGCAGGACCCCCCACUGCGGUUUCGCUGUGGGUACCAGCCCUGAGGUCAGGCUGCCUCAGGGGAGGGGGGAUGGUCUUAACAGAGCUCAAGUCAGACAACCAGAGGCUAAAGGAUGAGAACGGUGCUCUCAUUCGUGUCAUCAGCAAACUGUCCAAAUGAAAAGAUGUCUGAGUCACAACCUGAAGCUUCUGUUGUGUGUCUGUGGAUGUUCCAAACCCAAAAUGGCAGUAUAAUUAUCCAAGAUGUCACACUCUUCCCCGAGUUAUACUGCGAUGGGCCAUUUUGGCGACAGCGCCGAAAAAACUUCCAUGUCAAGAUCCAAAGAGAAAUGCUGAAGUUUUGGUCAAAUUUCACCAAGGCUGCAAUUGAUUCUACAUAUUUUUUCCCCUUCUCUGGUGCAUAAUAGGGACCAGCUGUACAGACUUAAAGACAAGGCCUGGUUUAAAUAAAUCAAGAGGUUUGCAUGAAGAUAUUGUAAUUAAUAUUAUACCAACACUUCACAUUUACAGUAGAUAUCACAAUUUUUGCAACACCAUUCAUAAGAAACAAGCCUUUGUCAUUAAAAUUUGAAAUAUUUACAGAGAAAAGUGGGACCCAGGAGUAAGAAAAAAAAUCUGCAGUGGACAUAGAUGAAUAGUUCCUGGUUAUGUAAACUGUAAAACAAGUAGAAAGCUAACAAUGAGAUCACAAGAUGAACUAUAUGAUGAUGAGGCUGAUGUAUUUGCUCAUCUGUAGAUCCAGUCCCUUAUGCAAACCUGUCAAAAUCCUAACUGUUUUUUUAAUUUAACACCUCAAAAUGAUAUAUUUUCUAGUUUGUUGUUUUGGUUUCUUCACUGUUUCUCAAAGGGAUUGUAUUUUAGCCCUUUAAAGGCAGUGAAUCAGAUAUGGUGUCUGUCUUAUUCUCAUGCUCAUAUCUUUGGUUCAGUCGGCAUGUUUCAUCUUUCUCCUUAUAAGUCCUUCACAGUUUUUUUUCAUGGUAUAGCUUCAGUUAUAUGUUAAAAUCGAUAUUAGAGGUGAGAGUGAGUUAAAGAUGUGCUAUGAUGUUUUUUUUUCAUAAUAGAGAUAUAUUUAUUUAUUUAUGCAUUUCUUAGUUUGAAUCUUUAUAAUCGUUGACAACUUUUAUUCUAAAAGGAAUACACUCUUAACUUUGGCUGACCUGCUUUACGUCAAGUGAUGAAAACACAAAUACAAAAAUAAUCCAUUUAAGCAGAUUCUUUGCAAUUCACUGCUGACAUUUUCACCUUCAAUGUGAUAUUAAAGAAGCACAAUCUAAAGCUCCAUUCCACUCAUAUCCAUGUUUUAUUCUGAUACUGGUGGAAAAAAAAUGCAAAAUGGUAACAGCCUUGUAAAACAAACCCCGUUAUGGUAGAUGUCAGCAGUGGUCAUUUUAGACGCUACAUUUUCUGGUGUUAUUUUAUAUAUACAGUGUGUUUACUACUUGGAGGGUAUAUAUGUAUUUUUAAUGUCUUUAGGUGCUAUAGUGAAAGAAAUACUGUAUGAGAGGUUCUUCACCAUAUCGCUGUUUCUUACUGAACAAACCAAAGGUGCCAUUAUCUUGCUUUUCUCCUCUCUAGUGAAUGAUUUCGGUAUCUGUCUUCUCUUUACUUGACGUAUAUGUUAACCAAAGGUUGCAGUGUUUGUUUCUCUUUAACCCAUAAAGAUCCAGAGCUACUUCUCUAUUUAACCCUUAAGUGAUUUAUCCCCAUUUAUUGUAAUAUUAUCCUCUUUAUUUUGCAUUUUUUCCACUGUAAAUCAUGUAUUUUCCUAUAUUUAAUUUACAGGCCAUGUAGAUGUUCAUUAAAACUCAGAGUAAAUUCAAAGGUUAUUUUAUCAAAACAGAGAAAACUGAAGAAAAGUGACUAGCAAAUCUAUCGUUAACUGAAUAAAAACCAGUGUGUCUAUUCAGUGUUAUUUGUAAAACUCCUGAUGAAUCAAUGUUGUAGAGGAUGACUGUGUUUCACUGUUCACUAUGGAGCCUCUGAACGAAUAUCUGAUGAACAUGAAAAGAUGACAAACUAUUUUAAACCAAUUAUUUACAUGGAUUGAUAGGAUUAGUGGAUCAGCAGUUAUUAAACAUUUCAUAUCAGUAGAUGCUUUUGGUCUACAGUGGUUUUUUGGAUCUUUAUGGGUUAAAAAGCAUAGUGACUUCAGAGUCCAUUUAGCUCAGCAUGUUGUAAUACCAGUGUUAUCUUUGGUCACAUCCUUUAAACCAGUUUACCCAAAUAAAACAAAACGCAGUAUGUGCCUGUUUAAGACGUGUGUCUACCAGUGUUGUAGAUACAUUGAACUAUGCAGUAUAUUAUGUGUUGAAUGUUUGUCUAAUAUGCACAUACUGGUUUCCUCACUUUGCUUAAUAAACUGUAAAGGGAUGAA